GUUCACACGUGGACUUGCUGCAUUGUAGGCAGUGAAUUAGCCAGGUUUUAUCUACCGGAUUACUUACCUGAAAAAUCAUUCUCACACAGACAUACUCAUUGUUGGCCAGACCUUGAGGAACAUAUUGCGUAUGAAUAUUUUAUUUCGAUAGACUGACUCCAGGCUGCAUAUGAGAAAAGAUCAAUCUUGGUGUCAAGACUAGCCAGAAUGAAGUGGUCAAGGGCUGAUUGAUUUAUCCACCUUUUGUUGCAAAGAGUCUACACAAGAUUAGAGCAGCCACACAAACGAGAUUGCCAAGAACUAAUCCACUGGACCAUGUUCAGUUUGAUUUGCACGUAAUUUGAUCAUGGUGUUAAAAUCAGUCUGAAUCACUGAACAUUUUCUUCCUUCUCCAAGACUUGCAUCAAUGUGAUGUCUGAAACAAUUAUCAUGAAUUCUAUAUAGAGAUUCUCAGAGUAUUUUUUGUUGGUCAACAUGGCAGAGAGUCGUACUGUGAUUUUUUUAUACCUAUGUUUGACUUUAAUCCUGUUGUGUCGCAGUCAAGAAAACACCAUCACAUAUCACUUAUAUGAAGAGCAAGACAAAGGAACAUUUGUGGGAAAUGUGGCUCGGGAUGCGCUUUUGUAUGGAAGUGUACCAGAAGAAGAAUUCCGGAGAUUGAAGUUUACAUUUUUCACCACUGGAAAUCCUUUUGUUCGGUUCUUUACCAUAGAUGAAAAGACUAGCACCAUUCGAACAACCAGAAAAAUUGACAGAGAAAAAGUGUGUCCAUUUAAAGAAAAGUGUCUUAUGAAUAUAGACAUAGCUGUGUAUAUAAGAGAUGCCAGAAGAAACAUAUAUGAUCUGAAAGAACUGUAUCAGGUUAAAAUCAUCCUGAAUGAUUUGAAUGAUAAUCCACCAAUGUUUCCUCAAGAAUCAGUCAGCAUAUCAGUCUCAGAGUCCGUGCCUGUGAAUCACAUUCUGCUCACAAGUGGUGCUGUAGAUAAAGACACUGGAGUCAACAAUUCUGUAAUGUCCUAUGACAUUGUACCUGUGAAUGGAAUUUUUGGACUUAAAGUCAUAAAAAACUACGAUGGUACUUCAGAUUUAGGUUUGGUAGUUAAACAUAAAUUGGAUCGUGAGACUAGAGACUUUUUUCAAGUGAUUAUUGUUGCCAAAGAUGGUGGAUACCCUCAGAAGACCGGAUCUGUGACAGUGAACAUAUCCAUCACAGACUACAAUGAUAAUCGGCCAGCUUUCUUACAGGCAACAUACACUGUGAGCAUUCCAGAGAACUACCCUAUUAAUGCUACCAUUUUAACAGUGUCUGCUGUGGACCAAGAUGCAAAUGAAAAUGGGAAAAUUUCCUAUCACUUCAGUUCUCGUGUUUCAGAUAAAAUUAGAAAAGCUGUCUCUAUUGACUCCAAGUCUGGCAAAGUUUUGGCCAAGGGACCCAUAAAUUAUGAAGUUGAUAAACAGUUCCAGUUUAUGAUUGAAGCACGAGAUCAUGGUACACCACCACUACCUUCUCUAGCAGCUGUCAUCAUCAACAUUGUUGAUGUCAAUGACAAUGCACCCCAUAUCAGCAUCAACUUAGCCCCAGAAGGUGCUGACAUUCCAGAGGGAAUGGAAACAGGAAAGUUCAUUGCCCAUGUUUCUGUAUCUGAUGGUGAUAGUGGUAGAAAUGCUCAGUUUGACUGUCGAAUGGACGAUGAUCAUUUUGCACUGGAGAAGUUUUACGACAACAUUGACAACAUCUUUAAGAUCAUCUUAAAUCAACGACUUGAUCAUGAGACAACACCUUCUCUUAAGGUUACCAUUACAUGUACGGACAAAGGAGAUCCUCCACUGUCAAAUUCUACCAGUUUUAUUGUGACAGUUCUUGAUGAGAAUGACAACACCCCCAUCUUCAGUAAAAGUCUGUUUACUGGAAGCAUUAUUGAAAACAAUGCUAUUGGAGAAGAGAUUCUUCGAACAACAGCAACAGACUGGGACAGUUUGGAAAAUGGUCGCCUGACAUACUCUUUAGACAGCAAAGCCAAGUCUUCAUUUACUAUUGACCCUGAUUUGGGAAUCAUCAAAGCUGGGAAGGUCAUUGAUAGAGAGAAGGAAACUGAAUUUCGAUUUCAUGUAAUUGCAACAGAUCAUGGAGACAGUCCAAAGUCAUCAUCAGCUGAAGUAAUCAUCACUGUUGAUGAUCAAAAUGAUCAACCACCCAAGUUUACUAAGCAUCAUUUCACAUUUUACCUUCCAGAAAACAAACAUGUUGGCUUUGAAGUUGGCAAUAUUACUGCAGUUGAUCUGGACCAACCCAAAUACAACAACUACCUCUUUUCCAUAUCUGCUGAUUCCAACGUUGAGGAUCUUUUCUCACUGGAUCCUUGGGCUGGGAGGCUCACCACUUCACGUAAGUUUGACCACGAGGUUGAUGUGAUGUUCAACUUCACUGUUUUCGUACAAGACCCACAGGUUCCAAGUUUUACUGACAGUGCGAAUGUGACUGUCGUCAUAUUAAAUGCUAAUGAUCAUAAACCGACAAUAACUGUGCCCACUGAAGACAACAAUACAAUCACUGUGUCAGCAGGAACAAAGCCUGGAACUGUCUUGAUAACAAUCAAGGCAUAUGACAGUGAUGAUCUAAAUGCUAAACUUGCAUAUCAGAUAAGAAGGGGCAACAAGAAGAAGCUUUUUGAGCUUGAUCGUGAAACUGGAGUGCUUAGUGUUGCAGAGAAUAUAGAAAAAGCUGAUGCUGGAUUGUAUAAGCUUCUUAUCUUUAUAAGUGAUGAUGGUAGCCCCGUGCAGACAUCCCACAUUGUUCUCAACAUCAUAGUGCCUGGACAAAAUUCAACAGCAGUUUCUGGUGAUGGUGACCCCAACAUGCUUGUUGUUAUAAUCCUAGUCUCAGUGACAUCUGUUCUCACCAUUGCAAUUGUCACAACAAUAUGCAUGAUCAAGCACAUUGACCGAGAACGCCAACAUGCCAGUGUGGUGAUGCUCAAGGGUGAAGAAGAGAAAAUGUUUGGUGGCAAAAGAGGAAGUUUUUCUUCGGUGUCAACAGAUUCCAAUGAAAACAAGGAUGGACUGAAGAAGAAGAAGGAAGUGAGCUUUUCCCUGGAGGAGGAGAAAGAUGUUCACAACAUAAGUGGCUCAUCUGGUAUUGCUUCCUUUACAACCUUCCGCAAUCCAAACGACUCACAGACAGAUACCCUGGAACUGCAUAAGAACUCUUACCAGCCAAUGGAGAAAGAUAUACCUCUACAGACAAACCCCGACAAACACUGGGGACAACACGAGGCUCACAACCUGCUGGAGAUUCUGAAGCGUCCAGAACUGGAGGAGAAGACAGAGACUGGAACCAGUGACAGUGGACAUGGGGGGAGCGAGGAGGAUCUCACCACCAACUGCCCUGACCUGGGGGGUGAGCACAAAGAAGCACGACAGUUUUACCCAACUGCAUUCCAUGGUGGCAGUGGACGAGCCACUACUACAGUAGACAAGAAACCUCCCCGUAACCACGGCAACAGCAACAACAAGAAAACCGUCAUCACUCCAAGGAAAGAAUACGACUUGAGAGCGCCGGAGAAUCGGUUCCCCUCACAUUCCCAGUCUUUUGACAACAUGUUCCACUACAACACAGCUCCCCGCUCCCACCAGUACGGACAGACGGACACUCUGCACACGUUUGGCAGGUCACAGACGCCAAACGACCUGACAACCUUCUCUUCGCAGAGGAAACCCUUCAGCUCACAGAGCACACACUGCUCCCCCAACACACACUGUCCGCCAAAACACCCAAACUUCAUGCCUGCCUCUCAGUGGAGAGCCGAUCUGUCACUGGGCAGGGACAGUGAUCGCAGGACAAUGGCGACAGGUUGUGCAGUCAAUCCAGACGAUCUCAAACAGGAGAUUGAUCAACUUUUCUUCAAAGAUGCAGUUGUGUGAUAAAUAAUUACUUUAAAAAACCCCAACGUUUUCAUUCUUCUGUGUUUUUGGAGGAAGUUUUUGUUUCUUGUGUAAAGAAUAUGUGAAUUUGUGGGUGUCAGUAUUGUGUGCAAUUUCUUGAUGUGUCAAAGAAAAACUUCUUUCUAAUACUAUAGAAUGCUGUCCACUUAAAAUACUUUUAUUAUGCAUAUAACCUGUACCUCAGUUUACUAUGAUGAAUGCAAUUUGACACUUAAAAAAACUACACUCUUGACAAAACAUCCUGUGUAAGCAAAUCAAUCAAGUGUUCAUGUACAAGUGAACUGUAAUUUCAAAGGAUUGUUGUUAAUUCUGAAAGUAUGUUGCUCUACGUUAAUGAAUUGACUGAAAGCUGCCCAGUGUUUAUGUCAAACUUCAAAAUACUUUGCAGAAAUGGAUCUAAUGAAAUAUAAAGUAGCGUCCUAAAUCCUGAUUACAUGAUAUAUACAGUCGUACUGUAAACUUCUCAGAACUUGACUAAGAAAGCUACAAUAGUGCUACAUUUUGAGACUGAUUAGGAAAUGAACUCCAGUGUUCGGUGUUUCUGAAGGUUCAAUGAUCUUGCCCAAGUCUCAGUCACGUGAUCACAAACUUGACUACAAGGACAAUGUUGCAGGACGUUUUCAAGAAGCCAACAUCAUCGAGAUGCAGAUGUCCUGAAUCAGAAUAAUGUGUUUCAUACACUAAUGACAGACAGUAUAAAACACAUUUAUCAUUUACAGUAUAGUACACAGUAACUCAGAAUGUAUUUCAUGCACUCAGUAUAACAUGAAUUUAUCAUGUACAGUAUAAUACACUGUACAUGUCAUCAAUGAAAAUGUUUCAUAUAUUGACGACAGACUAUAACAAAACUUUAUUAUUUAAAGUUUAAUACACUGUAGAUGUCAUCAAUCAGAAUAAUGUGUUUCAUACAUUGAUGACAAGAUAAUAUAACACAUAGUUAAUAAGACUGUUGUUUGCAAUGGUGUUUAAAAAGUCAAAUACAAAUACAUUAUCAUUCUGCAAUUAAGAUUUGAAAUAUAUUCCACAUUCUUAUGACAGGACAUACAGUUUGGCUACAAUGAUCACAGAAACCAAAAAUGACAAGAAAAACAGUUUGGCUACAAUGAUCAUCAUUCCAGAAGCCAAAAAUUACAAGACUUACAGUUUAGCUACAAUGAACAUCAUCACAGAAGCCAAAAAUUACAAGACAUACAGUUUGGCUACAUUUUAGCAAUUCAGUCCAUCAAACCAGUUAAAGACAAGCUCUGCAUCCAUGUUACACAGUUAAGUUACUAAGAUAUUGAGUGUUUAUCAGAUGGCUUAUCGGUACAAGCUGUCUAUUUGUCAGUCAUUCUUCAUGAGAUUGGUAACAGUAUAUGCAUAUCAGAUACUAAAAAGCAGGCACAUGUUAAUGUACAUUUCUGACAUGAGGACACUCACUGGUGAUGCUUGCUUUGUUUUCUUUUCUUUUUGCACCUAAUGUUAAUAAAUGUGAUAGAAGUGAAAUGAUGACCUAAAAUGUUUAUAAAAUAACUGAGAACAAAAACUGUUGAGAAAGAGAAUGAAAAUAACUAAUUUGGAAGCAAAUAUGACCUGAUCGUGGUUAUAGUCGAAUAAAUGACAGAUAUAUCAUGAUAGCUGUGACAUGUAUCAUGUAAUCUAGAGACUUAUACUGAUGUACAAUCACAGACAGUUCAUAGAGUGAUAUUUAUUAAUAUACUGUGACAUGUUGUGUGUACCGGUUCUUGUACUUUUGUCAUACAAUUGUCAAUGUUUUGCACAAUAUAAUAUUAUGUUUAAUUUAGUUUGCUGAUAAAAUGCUAAGCUGAAAUAAAUAAUUGGCCAGGUAUGGGGUUGAUGUUUAAUUGUUAGUGUAUGGUUAAUAGUCAAUGAGUGAAAAGCCAGCGUAGUGGCCAGGCUCUGUAUUCAUAAACGUACUUAAGUCAAUGUAUCAUACUUAUUUAUGUAUUUUAAGUAUGUAUUUAGGUAUCAUACAUUGACUUUAGUACGUUUAUGAAUACAGAACCUGGCCUUACAACUCCAUGCUGAUCAAGCCUUUAAAACUCACUGGAUUGAAACCAGUACUGGGAUGCAAAAUUUUACACCUGCCAGCUUUUAGGCCAGUAAAAUAAAAAUCGACAUAAAUGGACAUCCAUUUACAGUACUUUUAGAAAUGUUUAUUAAAAGUAGUUUUUGAAAUUUAAUUUUAUGCAGAUGUGCAAUAUCAUAAAAAAACAUGUUUUAGAAAAAUGAUUUAAAAAAAAGUAUUCUGCUUAAAACUAUAUAUUUAAAAAUUCAACUAUUUAUGAUAGUAACUUCUCUAUAAUGUUUUUCACAGUUCUAUGAGAGAAAACUUGAUUAUGAAUUCACAACUUACCUUAAUUGUUGAAAAAUUUUUUAUCCCUAAAGAUAUCAAACAAAUUAUCUCAUAUUUUGUAGAACAAAAGUUUUUUUUAAAGAUUACACUACCAGAACAUUAAUGAAAAUAAAUUAUUUAUAGACAACAUGAUGAUGAUACAUUUUUACAUCAAGAUGGAUACACAAGCAGGGUUAAUUGUGCCAGUUGAUUUUUAAAUUCAUACUGGUACCAGUACAAUGUAAUUAUUUUGUUCUACACAAUUAGGUACCAGUAUUGUGUACAAAAAUAGCUUCAUGUGAUUGCUUUUGGAAAAAAAAGGUAUCAUUAACUAAAUUGAAAGCACCAUGGUUAUAUAUUAGUUAACAUUAAAAGAGAGUUAUAAUUUAAAACAUUAUUAGUAUGUAAUAAAUAACUGCAAAUCAAUUGAUUCCAUUUACCAGCUAUGGUCAACGAUUCGUUUCAUGUCCUAAUAAUGUCUGAAAGUUGAUACAGUCUGAUUUUACAAAUUGAUAUUACAGUGUACUUGAUUAUCAGUUUGUUUUCAUUCAAGUGAAACUUUUAAUUAUGACUUACAUAGCACUCAUAAUUAUUACCUUUCAAUAAUAGUUUUCUGAUCAUUAUUGGAUAAUCAGUCUUAAUAAGAUUCAGUAAUUAGAAAGACAUUAUACUUCUUGACAAUGAUAGAAAGGACUUUCUGUUGACUUUUUUUUCUCUUUUUUUUAAUCUUUUCAUGGUGCUAUGCUUUUGUGCUAACAUGUAGUAUUGUCUGUAUAUACAUAUUGUUACUGCUAUUUAAGCAUUAAACAUAUGUGUUUUAAGAUUUUAAAGCUAAAUAUAACAUUUUGAUAAGAACAUAUCACAAUUAUAUAAAUAGAACAUGUAUUUGCUAAUGUUAAAUAGAUUAUAAAAUUAUUCUUAUGUGUAUAUGUAAUACUUCACAUUGCUUAUGAAUUGGUUGCAUUCACAAAACAUUCUUGUAUGUACUAUUAUAUGUAUUUAUUUUUCUAUACAAAACUGAAAUAAAACAUAUAA